AUGCGCAUCCAGAAUAUAUUGGGCGGUCUUUUGGCCACGGCCAUUCCUCUGGCUUCGGCGACCGCGUUGACGUACAAGGUUGAUGCCAGCGAGAAGGCCUGCUUUUACGCUGAUGUCCCGCAGCAGGACACCAAGAUCGCAUUUUACUUUGCCGUUCAAUCCGGCGGCUCCUUCGACAUUGACUACCUCGUCACCGGUCCUCUCGACAAGGUCAUUCUGGAAGGAACAAAGGAACGCCAGGCCGAUUUCGUGUUUACCGCGCAGAGCGUUGGCGAGUAUAGCUUCUGCUUCAGCAAUGAAAUGUCUACAUUUGCGGAGAAGUUUGUGGAUUUUGAGAUUGCGGUCGAAAACGAGCAAAAAGCACAGCUUCCAUCCAAACAAGGCGCCAGCCCCGAGCAAUCGGGCGUUAUCGAGGAGUCGAUCAUGAAAGUGUCGACUAUGCUGUCGACAAUCUCCCGUAACCAGAAAUACUUCCGUACGCGCGAGAACCGCAAUUUCAGUACCGUGCGCAGCACCGAGCGACGCAUCUUCAACUUCAGCGUUAUUGAGAGCCUGCUGAUGGUGUCCAUGGCUGGGUUGCAGGUCUUUAUCGUGCGCUUCUUUUUCCAGGGAGCGCGCAAGGGCUACGUAUAA